UGGAUGUACCAAUUAAUCUAAAGGGGCAAGGGAAGUUAGAUUGGCAGCUCCAAUUUUCUAUUUGCUUUGGAUUAGGGGGUGAACAUAAGGAUUCGAAACCCUGCCCCGAUUACCACUUGAACAGCUCAAAUUUCUUUUUUAUAAUGAAUAUUUCCAGCGUUUCCACCUGAUUUAUUCCCUGCUACUCAUCUUCAAUCCCCAUCGUAUCUUUCUCUUCUUCUUCUUCUUCUUCCUUUUCAUCAAGCUCAACACAACACAGAGGAAAGCCGCAACGGCCCACAUGAAAGGGAUGAAUGAUGAUAAGACUGAUGAGGCAGGAAAGAGAGAGGCCAUGAUUAAACCCAGAAUGCCGAAACACAGAGAAAAGCAGACUUAAGCACAAUCGCUCAAUGAAUAAUAUGCCAAACGCCAUUACUUGACUUCUCUUUCUCUUUCUGUUCCUCUUUCUCUCUCUUUGUGCUAUUGCGAAGCCAAAAACACAAAACAACGGCAGUACUAAUAGCAAGUAAGAAGGCACACGCAGAAGGGGUUUCCGUAUAUGUCCCUUCACAGCUCAUCAAAACCCAUAACCAGCCUUUAACUUUUUUCUCUAUGAAACCCAUUUUCUCUUCCUUUCACUCCCUCCAUUCUCCACUCUUUCACCCUCCUCUUCCCCUCCACCGCCGUCCACGGUGGCCCCGCAUGGACUCCUCCACCCCCCACCAAGAUAGCGGCGAAAACAAGGCCAAACUCAUCGUCAUCAUGGGCGCCACCGGCACCGGAAAGUCCCGUCUCUCCAUCGACUUGUCCAGCCAUUUCCCCCACUCUCAAAUCAUUAACUCAGACAAAAUGCAACUUUACAAAGGCUUGGACAUAACCACCAACAAAAUCCCCAUCCACGAAAGGAAAGGGGUUCCACACUUUCUGCUGGGCGAGUUCGACUCAAUCGACGCUGACGUGGCGCCCUCACAGUUCCGUUCCGCUGCGGGUUUAACCAUCGCCAAUAUUGUUUCGCGUGGGAAUUUGCCGUUUCUUGUUGGUGGGUCCAACUCUUUUAUUCAUGCUCUCCUUGUGGAAACCUUUGACCCUGAAGUGGACGUGCUCGCCGGGUUGGGCUCAGUGAGUCACGUGUUGAGGUAUGAUUGUUGUUUUCUUUGGGUUGACGUUGCGUGGUCGGUACUCCGUGACUAUUUGUGCAAACGAGUUGAUGAAAUGCUUGAUUCGGGGAUGUUCGAAGAGUUGGCUCAGUUCUAUGACCCGGACAGAGAGAGUGUCCGGGUCGGGUUAAGGAAAGCAAUCGGAGUGCCCGAAUUCGACGGAUAUUUUAGGAAGUACCCUCCGUGGGAAAGCGAAGAAAACGGCGUUGUUCCGGAGGAGGGGUGUGAUCCGGUACGGAGGGAAGCGUACGAGGAAGCGGUGAGGGAGAUUAAAGAUAACACGUGUCGGUUGGCUAAGAGGCAGAUAGGGAAGAUCUUGCGGCUGAUAGGGGCUGGGUGGGACCUAAGAAGAUUAGACGCAACGGCGACGUUUGGAGCGGUGAUGAGGAAAAAGAAGUCAUCAUCGUCGGAUUUGGAAUGGAGGGAUAUUUGGGAAAGGGAAGUCGUGGAGCCAAGCGUGAAGAUUGUGAAGCGAUUUUUGGAGUAGGUUUCCAGCUUUUUCCAGCUAAUCUAUUCUUUGUUCGUUGAGAAAACAAAAUUCUCGGGCACUCUCUCUCUAGUCUCUUUGCACACGUAAAAAAUCGGAAUGGGGUUAGCCAGGGGGGGAGAUUGGCUCGACCAACCCACUCAGAAAGGGCGACCAGUUUUGGGGGAGUAGGGCGCCUUUGGUUCAGUGAGUGCCAGUGCUGGAGGAGUGUUUGGUACUUUGGGUUGGGUGGCUGGGGUGAGGGGUAUACAAAAAAGAAAACUAUCAAAAGGAAAUUUUGAAGGUUAACAAAUUUUGUGAAUUGUUCGUCGCCCUUUUUACUAA